CUAAUCUCUUGCAAGUCUUAUUUUAGAAAUGGGAUCUCGGGACCCCGAGAAGAACGCAUCGCCCGCCAGGCCCGAUAACAAUGGCCUUGGAGGGCGUGGUCGGCAUUGGCAUAGCCAAGCGGCCAUCACUGCAAUGCCUGGACGCCGUGGAGAACGCGGCCCGACGUGCCGAGCCAGACGAGCGUACGGUGGAGCAGAGCACAACGCCAUGGAUGAUCGCGAGGAAGAAGGUCACAGCGCUCGCCGUCUGCCUCGUCGCGUUGCCCGUCCUGAUGACCACGGUUAGCCGGCGGGACUCGCCGUGGACGCCCGCGUCCUUUUGGCCGCUGGCGACAUUCGCGCGGCAAGAGAAGCUCCUCGGCGGCCUGCUCGUGCCGGGGUUCGACGAGCGGUCAUGCCUCAGCCGGUACCAGUCAGCGUUCUACCGCAAGAACCUGACGCGGUCGCCGUCCGCGCACCUCAUCAAGCGGCUGCGCCAGCACGAGGCGCUGCAGCGCCGGUGUGGGCCGGGCACCGAGGCGUACAGGGCGGCGGCCGCGCGGCUCAGGUCCUGGCGCCGCAACGGCACCGACGUCGACGCCGCCUGCAGGUACCUCGUGCUGGUGCCGUACAGGGGCCUCGGGAACAGGAUCCUGGCCGUGGCGUCGGCGUUCCUCUACGCCGUGCUCACCGACCGCGUCCUGCUCCUCGACGGGAACACGUCGACGGGCGAAAUCUUCUGCGAGCCGUUCCCGGGGACCUCGUGGCUGCUGCCGCUGAACUUCCCCAUCAGCAACCUCCAGAACCUGACGGGCGACGUGCGGGAGAGCUACAGGAACCUGGUGCGGAACGAUAGCGCGGCGGCGUCGCUGGCGUCCAGGCUCCCGUACGUGUUCGUGGACCUCGACCAUUCCUGCACCUACCACGACAAGCUCUUCUUCUGCGACGACGAGCGGCCGUUCCUCCGCCGCGCGCCGUGGCUGGUGAUGAGGACGGACGGCUACUUCGUGCCGGCGCUGUUCCUGAACCCGGCGCACCAGGACGAGCUCCACAGGAUGUUCCCUCGGAAGGACUCGGUGUUCUACCUGCUGGCGCACUACCUGUUCCACCCGACGAACAAAGUUUGGGGACUCAUCACGAGGUUCCACAGCUCGUACCUGAGGGACUCGGACGAAAGGCUGGGCAUCCAGGUGAGGGUGUUCGACGGGGACACGCCGUUCCAGCACAUCUUGGAGCAGAUCCUCGCCUGCACGUCGCAAGAGCACCUGCUCCCCGACGUGGUCACGCAAGAACCGCCCCGCCCGUCGACGGCCGGUGCGCGGUCCAAGGCCGUCCUGAUGACCGGCCUGAGCUCGUGGUACUACGAGAACAUCCGGUGGAAGUACUGGCAGUCGGCGACGGCCACCGGCGAGGUCGUGAGCGUGUACCAGCCGAGCCACGAGGAGCACCAGCUCUCCGGCUACACGACGCACGACAUGAAGGCGGUGGCGGAGAUGUACCUCCUGGGCAUGACGGACAAGAUCGUCACCAGCGGCUGGUCGACGUUCGGCUACGUCGGCCACGGCCUCGGUGGGCUCACGCCGUGGAUCAUGUUCAGGCCUGAGAACCACACCACGCCUUACCCGCCGUGCCGGCGGGCCAAGUCGAUGGAGCCGUGCAUGCACGGGCCGCCGUUCUACGACUGCAGGGCGAAGCACGGUGCCGACACGGGAAAGCUGGUGCCACAUGUCCAGCACUGUGAAGACAUGAGCUGGGGGCUGAAACUUGUUCACCCCGAGUGAAAACAACAAUAAUGAAAAGAAUAUUUUCCUUUUC